AGACUAAUAUUUCACUUUAGAAAUGUAACAUUACAGUUGCUAUGACAUUGACGUGUACAUUUGUAACAGAACAGUCGUCGGGUAUACAUGGGAGAAUAGCGGUAGUAUCAGACGUGUCCCCGCUGCGGCCAUUUUGUUGUAGCCCGCGCGGCAUAGCCUAAUUGUAGGGGGGGGCGUGUUAGGAUCACGUGAUUGUUCUGCUAUUGGUGGAGACGUUUUUAGCGGGAUUCUCAGAACUGACUGUAUCUCUUCUCCAUCAUGCCACUCGCUCCGGUGUCGUCCUCUCCCGCCAAACGAUCUAAAGAAGAAUGCAGCAAUGUAAAUGACAGGAGGCGGCCGGUGCUGCGCUUCGCCAAGCUGUCCGAGAAUGCUACCACCCCGACCCGGGGGUCCGCCCAGGCGGCGGGGUACGACCUGUACAGUGCUUAUGAAUAUACAAUUGCUCCACAUGACAAAGCUAUUGUCAAAACGGACAUCCAGAUCUGUGUUCCAAGUGGAUGCUAUGGACGAGUUGCUCCACGAUCUGGUUUAGCUGCCAAGCACUUCAUUGAUGUUGGAGCUGGAGUUAUUGAUGAAGACUACAGAGGAAAUGUUGGGGUGGUGUUGUUUAAUUUUGCCAGCGAACCCUUUCAAGUUAAUAAAGGUGAUCGAGUAGCUCAGUUGAUCUGUGAACGAAUUCUGUACCCUGAGCUGGAGGAGGUUAAGACUCUGGAUGUGACAGAGCGAGGUGCUGGUGGCUUUGGAUCAACUGGUUAAAAUGAAAUCUGCUGUUAUGGUAUUAGCUGUACAUAUUGUCAAUUCAUGAUGAUGACUUUUUUUUUGUUACCCCUUUAAGGAAAUAAAGGUUUUUGUUUUUUUGCUUA